GUUGAAAACUCGGCCCCCCAUUUCCCCUCCUUUCUGUACAUCAAACAAAAACUAAAGCUCAAAUCUUUGGUUCAAUCAUUGAUUUUAUUUUCAAUUUUCUUGUUUUGGGUAUCCAAAUUGGAUCAAAUUUAAGUUCAGGGAUUCUUUUUCUGGAUUGGGAAAUUUGAAAAAAAAAAAAAAGGAAAAUGAAGAGUGUGAAAGGAAAAUUCUUGAAGAAGCUGAAAUCAAUCAAACCAGUUGGUUACCUAAAGCCAGAUCGUGUUCUUCAAGUGUUUGCCAUUGAUGGGUUUAUUGAUUCUUAUACGAAAACACCGAGUCCCAAUGAACAAGCCAAGUUGUUCACCAAAGAAUUUGAGGAGCAAGAAAUUAUUAAAGAAAACCAGCCUGAAAUCAUCGAUGUAGAAGAGCUAAUGAAAGAUCUUGAAUCUGACGAAGACGAAGAUGAAGAUGGGGAAGAAGAAGAUGACGACAAAGAGAAUAUUAGGCCAAAUAUUGAGAAAGAGAAUGUGGAUUGUAGUCGGCAGAAUUGCUCCACCACCGCCGUUCCGUUAUCGGAGAUCGAUGUGUCGUCAUUCCGGAGACCGGAUUUGAAUUCUUGUACGCUCUUCGAUCCUAACUUAUUAGCUGCAUUUGAACGAGCUGUGAAAGAACAUAUGAAGAUGAAUGAAGAGAUCCAUCAUGUUGAGAAAAAACCAAGAAUCGAGGAAAAAGAAGAAGAAGAAGAAGAAGAAGAAGAAAGAGACCCUUUAUUAGCGUUCGAAGAGAAGUGUCCAGCCGGCGGCGAUGGGUCGGUCAUACUUUACACGACGACACUCAAAGGUAUACGAAAGACCUUCGAGGAUUGCAAUAGUGUUCGGUUCUUACUCGAAAGUUUCAGAGUGAUAUUCUACGAAAGAGAUAUAUCAAUGCAUAGUGAAUAUAAAGAAGAACUAUGGAGGAUUUUGGGUGGGAAAGUGAUGCCACCGAGGCUUUUCAUAAAGGGUAGAUACAUUGGUGGAGCUGAUGAGGUACUUACAUUACAUGAACAAGGGAAGCUUAAGGUGCUUUUCAAUGGUAUCCCUUUGGAUACUUGUAAUGGAGCUUGUGAAGGGUGUGGUGGUGUUAGGUUUGUGCUUUGUUUCGUAUGUAAUGGUAGUCAUAAGAUCAUUGGUGAUGAUGGGAUGUCAAGUGAAUGCAUGAAGUGUAAUGAGAAUGGUUUGAUUGUUUGCCCUCUUUGCUGCUGAAAAAAAUUUGAUGUAUUGUAUUGUAACUGUGGUGCUAUCUUUCUCUUGAUUCUUAUUCUUCUCACUUAGUGGUAUUAUAUAUAUAAAUCAUUGUUUCUCCCAUUCCUUAAUUUGUUGUUUAUCACUGAACACUAAUGUAGAAUUGAUUGAUGAUAAAUGAUCAUCUUAUGUAUCAUGCAUGCUUGCUUUUCUUGAGCUUAAGCCUUCAUCUAAUUAAGGUUUGUUAGAUUAUAUAUGAUGGUGUUGAUUCAAGAUGAAAGUGGUGGUAGUUUGUAAUAGUUCACUCGAAGGAUGAAGAGUUGGAAGGAGAUAAUGGUAAUUGGAAAGGUGGUAAGGGGAGAGGAUUGGGGUGCAAGGAGAGGAAGAGAGAUAGAUCAAAGUAUUAGAGGAGAAAGAGAGAAUUCAAGACGAGAGUGUGUCCUGAUCUUUUUGUUUGAUGUUUAUAUGCUUAUAAGGGAGUGUCUUUGAUCAUUCCCAAAGUUCCAUGGGUUGUUCAUGUAUUGGUUCUAGACUUAUUGAUAUUUAAUUGAUCUAUUAAUGUCUUGUUGUUGAAAGUAUGAACUAUCAUGUUAAAAAAUAUAUAUAUAAAGCAGGGAUGGAAGA